GUGAGAAGGUGACACUCCUCCUAGCCGGCCACCAUGAGACGGACGCUGCUCCUCUGCAUUCAGGCCGCCCUCCUGGCUUCAGGUUCUUGUCUUCAAUGUGAGACAUGUCACACGACUUCUGAAGUAUCAGACGAUUGCUUUGGAGACAAGAUGCAGUGCAAUGUGAACGAAAUGUGCCUCGUCCUGCAUCUCAGCAUACAACACCCUGAGCAGUACCUUGCCACACGGGCCGUCAAGAGGCAAUGCUGGAAUUAUAAUUAUUGCUACCAGAGUGGGGUAAUAUCAACGGGAAGGGGAAGAAUACAGUUCACAACAGCUUGUUGUUCUAUAGACAACUGCAGAAUGCCCCUCCCGGACUUGCCACCAGAAAAGAAUACGCACAAUGGACUCGUCUGCCCGUUCUGUUCUUCCAGUUUAAAUACAUGUGUUCCAGAAACCGCCAUGAAAUGCACUGGAGAAGAGAAUUAUUGUUUUACAUUCACAGCAAAUAAACCUUCCCUGUCGAUGUUUUCUGGCUGCUCAUCUUCUGCGUACUGUAAUUUGUACCCUCUAAUUGGUGAAAUAUUUCGAAAUAACAAUAUGAAGCUACGACCUGUAAAUGUCACCUGCACAAAGGCGACCAAGAAAAGUCCUCUGCCUGUAGUGAACUUUUUGUUUUGUCUGACUUGUAACGGAUUAGUUGGAUGCAGUUGUGAAAAUACCGCUAUCUGCUCCCCAGAACAUGACGCCUGUUUGACUAUAAUUCUAAGUUUCAACCAUGGCAGCAAACAGUAUACACAGCAGAUAAAGAGAUGCGGACUGUCAUCAGAGUGCGGCAGUGCGGGGACCAUCACCACCGGCCACAAGAACAUCUCCAAAAAUACCACCUGCUGCUACACUACCAACUGUGGGGCUCCAAUACCAACCUUGCCUUCAGAAAACAACGAGACGAACGGCAUCCAAUGUGAAUCGUGUUAUUACAAGACAUACGGCUUCUGUACGGGCAGUGACUACAUCGCUUGUACUGGGAACGCAACGCAGUGUAUUAACUACAUGGUGGAACAGAAAGACGCUUUUUUCACCAGCAGAGAAGUCUUUCGUGGCUGUGCCCAUCCUAAGUUGUGUAAAAGUGGAAACAGAACUGUGGUCGAUGAGUUUUCAUCCUUGAAGGAGACUGUAAUCUGCGGCGUUCCAUCAAAAGUCGGCGAUCGCUUUCCUAACGAGCUUUAUAUUUACUUCCUUCUUAUGAUCUAUGCUCUGUACAUACAAUGGUAGACAUUGGAGCCUUUUUUUUAAUCUGCUGCUCUUUUAUUGGACCAUGCUCUGGGUUAGGUGUAGUCUCAUUACAUAUAUGAAUGACAAUGCUCGCUACGCUGCUGCUUGCCAUGGCUAUUAUACUAUAUAAAGACUAUGUAGCCCCACAGAAAUGGACCCCCUGACCAAUGGCUCAAUAUUCAAUUUUCAGUGUUUACCUCAUGUUCUCCACCCAAUGGUCCACCAUUUAACUUAAUGGAUAUAGCAAUGGACAAGUCAUUCAGGGAAGGGCCCAGAUCAGCUCAGGAUCUGACACCUUGACCAUCGUAGUACUCAGAUCUCCGGGUGGGACAUUGGUUCCAUUAACGUGUCCUGACUCUGUUAGAAUGGAGAGAGAGGGCACUGAACUCAGGGUUGGUGGACAAAUGGGGGGGUCUCCUGUACAUCUAAA